GUCCGGUCAACAUGGCGGUGGAGUGCUCACAGGAGGCAGUUUUGGACUUUCUGAAAGAGAAAGGAGGGAAGGUGAAGAACUCGGAGCUCAUUGAACACUUUAAAACGGUUUUUUCAGAGGACCCUCAGAGGAGAGCGGCUUUACGGAACCGCUUUAAGGAGUACGUGGACACCGUGGCGUACGUGAAGACCGAGGAUGGAGUAAAGUACGUGUGCAUGAAGAAGAAGUUCCGCGGGUCCGUAAAAUUAACAGAGAAAAAAGAGCCUCCGUCCGCAGGUGAGGCGCGAGACUGUGUGCAGGUGAGCGCUGAUGACGUCGCGGAGGACCCAGCCCCGCGCUCACCUGGCUCAGGUUACGGAAGUGACUGUCAGGUGAGAGUUCCGCAUGUUUUCGUCCCUGACAAUAGAGAGGACAGGGGUGAGAGUGACGGCUCUGUUAGUACCCCACAAAGGGAGAAGUGCGGGUCAGAAGAGAUGGGGAACAGGGUAAGCUUCCACAGGACGGAGUCCAAGAAGGAGCGGACUGAAAGAGCACGAGACAUCCCGGAAAUAUCGGUGAUACAAGCGUCACCGCUUCCCGCAGAUGGAUCCAUGUUUAACCUGCCCGGACCUGCAGAGACCGCUCCUUCAGGACAGGUAGAGCCGGGCGAACCGGUGGAGACUCUGACCUUAGAGGGUCUUAGGGAGGUGGAGGUGGUGAUGAGGCGGGGUAGACGGGAGGAGGAGGAGGAGGAGGAGGAGGAGGAGGACGACGCUCACAGUCUAUCGGGGAGCGAGGGCAGCAGCUCCCCGAUAGGCAGCAGGAAGCACUUCAUCCAGGUGAUGAUGAGCAGCUCCCCUCAGGUGAGGCGCAGCAUGGUGAUACGGGGUUCCGUGCACCUGUCCUCUAGGAGCGACAGUGACACCGCCUCCAUGCUGUCCGGGCUGGACGAGGACCGGAACUCUGUGACCUUGGACCCGCUGGAGCAUCAGUGGAUGAUGUGCGCGUCAGACGGGGAGUGGGGUAGUUUAUUCCCGCUGCUCGCUGAAGAGCCGAGUCUAAUCCUGAGGAAGGACUUCAUCACCGGGUUCACCUGCCUGCACUGGGCCGCCAAACACGGCAAACCCGAACUCAUCGCCAUGAUCAUCAACUUCGCCAAGCAGCACAACGUCCCCAUCAGCGUGGACGCGCGAUCCAACACCGGGUACACGCCGCUGCACGUCGCCGCAAUGCACAACCACAUGGAGGUGGUGAAGCUGCUGGUGGGGGCGUACGGGGCCGACGUGGAGAUCCGGGACUACAGCGGGAGGAAGGCCUGUCAAUACCUGACAGACAGCGUCAGCGUGGACAUCAGGGACAUCAUCGGGGCCUACGACUCACGCUCCCAGUCCGAGAACGCGCAAUCCAGCGAGGGGGCCCGCUGGAAGUUCUCCAAGGUUCUUCAGACCAACCUGAAGCCGCGCAGGCUGCUCCAGCCCGAGGACUGCGACUCUUUGGACGGAGAAGACCGUCCCCCCAGAGAGAAACCGCUCAGGAGGAAGUCCUCCCUCAGCAGGAUGAGGCCCAAACUUCAGCGACUCCGAGUCAGGACGUCCCAGAUCAUACACAGCACGUCCUUCGGGGGCCACGACGAGCUGGAGAUCUCCACAAGGGGGUCCUUUAGAUCCAGACCCAAGACCAGUUUCUUUGGGUGAAACCAGGACUUACAAUUAAAAGGUUAUUCUGGUGUUUCAUGCAACUUUAGGCCACUUUUACAGAUUUUUGGGGUCAAUCUACAAACAAACCUCAUGGAAACACUGCACACAACAGACCGGAAACAGGACUUUCUGGUUCUGGUACUGCUUUGACUGCUUUGUUUAUUACUCUGAUGUUCUGAAUGUUUACUUCCAGACCUAUGAUGUUCCUUCAACACACAAAAGCAUGAUAGUGGUAGAGGCAGAACAGCAACUUCUGAGUACAAAGAGGUUUAAUUCCUGGCAAGUUUGGAAAGAGUGACCUAACAGCUGUUUCUGUUUUGAAAUAAUCAGGUAAUGUUUUCUUUUUAGGCAAAAGCAGCUGUGGCAUUACUGUCUACAACAAGUUUAGCUAUUAAAUAUUAGGAGUUGUUGAUCUACUGCUGCCAUCAUCUUUAAGAUCAUAUAUCACUCUACAAACAAACGUCAUGCAAAACACUGCACACAACAGACCGGAAACAGGACUUUCUGGUCUGGUACUGCUUUGUUUAUUACUCUGAUGUUCAGAAUGUUUACUUCCAGACCAAUGAUGUUUCUUCAACACACAAAAGCAUGAUAGAGGUAAAGGUAGAACAGCAACUUCUGAGUACAGUGAGGUUUAAUUCCUGGCAAGUUUGGAAAGCGUGACCUAACAGCUGUUUCUGCUGCGGCAUUACUUUCUACAACAACACCAGAAUCCAUCUCUAAAAAAACCACAAGUUUAGCUUAUAAAUAUUAGGAGUUGUUGAUCUACCGCUGCCAUCAUCUUUAAGAUCAUUCAUGUUUUUGUGUGUAUAACAGUUAUUGUGCUGCAUCUGGGUUUACUUGUUCAACAAUAUUGUCACACAAUAACAAACAAACCAAAUUUUGAAGGCAAAGGCAGAUCAUCAACCCCACUGUGCUGCAGAUAAAAUUCAUGUUUUUGUCUGUGGGCUCUGGAAGUUGAAGAAAGAGUGGUAGCAGCCGUGUUUGGUUAAAAACACAAGUGUGAGAUGGCCUUCUUUAAAACCAAACAAAUCUGUCAUAUCCAUCUCUUCAAAGACACCAGACUCCAGUGGUCAAAACAAUAACUUUAACAUGUAAACCAUAGGAGUUGUUGGUCUACCUCUGCCUGUAUGAGUUGGUGUUUUUGUGCCCUAGAAAUAUCAUUCUGGAUUAAACUGAGUAUCACAAACACUGCAGUCUCAGAUUUGACGAACAGAUGAUCAUGUGAGAACUCAGUGUAGUCAGCAGUGUUUGUAGAGAGGGAUGGGUAGAAAUCCUCUUUCACCAGAGAGGUCUUUUUGUGACUCUGGAUACUUCAUGUAACAUCUAAAUUACAUGAUAUCUUUAUAGUUACAUAUGUUGUACACAUUCUGGAUCCGUUAUUGUAGAAAAUUCCUCCAGUUAUCGUCUGCUUUUGUAGUUUGUUUUGCGAACUGUUCGAUAGUGGUGAUAUUUUCAACCUCAGGAAUGUUAGCCAGGCUAAAAGUUAUCGUUAUUGAUCAGUUAUCAAUGCUACCUUCUUCAUCUGGGUCUUUAAAUGUUUAAAACGGGAGUUUACACAGUUUUAUUUGCUUAAAAAAAAAAAAAACUUCAACGUAUUCUUUCUAUUUGGUUAAUUUUCUGUUUUAUAACCCAAAAACUCCUCAGGAGCUGAGGGAAAGGAAAAAGGUCAAAGUCUCUGAAAGCAGCCUCUUUAAGUUUAGUUUCUUUCCUUCUUUAUAACACUAAUCUGAAAAUUUUCACCUUUUUUAGUGACCCAAUUAACGAACUGAGAAAACUAUAAUAGUAAGAAAAGUAGCCUAUGUAACAUUCACAGUCCCUGCAUUGAUGCCUCUUUUUGUUCCUGCUUGUCAGAGGCUCUUAUUUUGAAAGGAUGACUCAGAUUAGAUGUCCAGCACUCUGAACACGCUGACAUUCCUCUUGUUUUGGCUGCAGGUCAGCCUGCGUCUCUUUAUCCGCAUACAGCUGACGUUAAAUCCUCGACCUUCAGCCCGUAAUCUGAACAAAGCCGCAGGUUUCUGUAACACAGCACGCCGAUUAUGAGCGCUUUCAGGCCCAGCAGAGCGCACAGAGCCACGUUUGUUAACAUGUUUACUGGGGUUUCAUACUGGAAUUUUUUUUUUCAAAUACAUUCCUGGACUCUGUGCGGCCUCAACUCAAGUCUGACACAUGCUCAUGGAACCUAAACAGCUGAUGAACGUGUUGAAGUGUACUGCUACCAUUUAAAAAAACAAAAGAAAACAAAAAAAAGGCCCAGUACUAUCAUGAAAUAAUGUGAUAGUUAUCAUGCUGUGUCACGGCUCAUGAAUUAACCUGAUCAGUAUCGCCAUACUUAUCAUGUUAUUUCACGAUACUGAGCCUUUUUCCCGAAUCAGUGGGAUCAGCCUGUUGUUCGAGCUGAAAUCCUGAAAACAGUCUUUGUUUGAAUGUUACAUCAUUUAUUGGGUUACCAGCAGGAUAAUCCCAAACACUGGGCUGCGUGUCAGGACUCGAGUUAUUGCUCAACUUCCUCCUGUCAGGUGGAGUUAAGAUCUACCUGGAGGAAUGUGCAGGUGACUUUCCAUGAGGUCACACCUUCAGAGCGGCUCAGGCAGAGGUUGAACUGUACUCUGGGGUUGUUUUAGAUGUUUUUCCGAUGAAAUCAUGGACUAACUUUAAACGGUUUCUGCGCACUGACACUCCUUACUCUUGUUUGAAAUCCAAGCCACAGACAGGCAGGCUCUGUGUGUCUGCAGAAAUGCUGAUAUACAGGGGUAAGAAGAAGACUACAUUAUUCGGCAUUUGCUUUUUAAGAAGAAAAUCCAGGUUUAGGUCAACCUGCAAAGUAUUAAACUGAAAAUGGAUUUAAAUUAAAUAAAACCUCUUCAGCUUUGACUAUAUUUUAAAGAAAAAUCAAGUUUAAACGUCGACUUGAACACAUCAAGAAAGACAGAUAUUAACAUGUAGCUGCAUCAUGUUUGCUGCAUCAUUUAUUUCUGUGUUUUUUAUUUACUACAGAGAUCUUUACAGUCAAAUGAUUUAAUCAAACCUUUGUUAUAAAGCCUUUGCACCUUUAAAACCAGCUCUUAGAUAAGAAUUUGCACAAAAUGAUCAGUCAAAAGUUUAUUUUUUUA